CUCCCCCGCGAGCUGCGCACCGUCGGCCGGCUGACCCAGAGGCCCGCGCCCGCGCCCUUGUCCGCGCGACCCGGCGGCGAGCUCCGGUCUGCCGGCAGCAUGAGCGGCGGCGGCGACGUGGUGUGCACCGGCUGGCUGAGGAAAUCACCCCCCGAGAAGAAGUUGAGGCGCUAUGCAUGGAAGAAACGCUGGUUUAUCCUGCGGAGUGGCCGGAUGAGCGGUGACCCUGAUGUUCUGGAAUAUUACAAGAAUGAUCACUCCAAGAAGCCCCUACGGAUCAUCAACCUGAACUUCUGUGAGCAAGUGGAUGCAGGCCUGACCUUCAAUAAGAAGGAACUGCAGGAUAGUUUUGUGUUUGACAUCAAGACCAGUGAGCGCACCUUUUACCUGGUGGCUGAGACAGAGGAGGACAUGAAUAAGUGGGUCCAGAGCAUCUGCCAGAUCUGUGGCUUCAAUCAGGCUGAGGAGACCACAGACUCCCUGAGAAACAUUUCCUCAGCCAGUCACGGCCCCCGCUCUUCUCCAGCUGAGCUCAGUGGCUCCAAUCCACAUCUUCGAGAACGAAAAGCCUCAGCCCCAUCGCACUCCAGCCAGCCAACUCUGUUCACAUUUGAACCCCCUGUGUCAAACCACAUGCAGCCCGCCUUGUCCACCAGUGCGCCUCAGGAGUAUCUCUACUUGCACCAAUGCAUAAGCCGGAGAGCAGAAAAUGCAAGGAGUGCCAGCUUCUCUCAGGGCACCAGGGCCUCAUUUCUCAUGAGGAGUGACACAGCCGUACAAAAACUUGCCCAGGGCAAUGGACACUGUGUCAAUGGGGUCAGUGGUCAAGUCCAUGGCUUCUAUAGCCUUCCCAAGCCAAGCCGGCACAAUACAGAAUUCAGAGACAGUACCUAUGACCUCCCCCGGAGCUUGGCCUCCCAUGGCCACACCAAGGGCAGCCUUACAGGCUCUGAGACAGAUAAUGAGGAUGUGUAUACCUUCAAGACGCCCAGCAACACCCUGUGCCGGGAGUUUGGGGACCUCAUGGUAGACAAUAUGGACGUUCCAGCCACCCCACUGUCAGCAUACCAGAUCCCUAGGACAUUCACGCUGGACAAGAACCACAAUGCCAUGGCAGUGGCCACUCCUGGGGACUCAGCCAUAGCUCCCCCACCCCGGCCCCCUAAGCCAAGUCAGGCAGAAACACCUCGAUGGGGCAGCCCUCAGCAGAGACCUCCAAUCAGUGAAAAUAGAUCAGUCUCUAUUGCUGCCACCAUCCCCAGGCGCAAUACCCUUCCUGCAAUGGACAACAGCCGACUUCACCGAGCUUCUUCCUGUGAGACCUACGAGUACCCCCAGCGUGGGGGAGAGAGUGCAGGCCGGUCAGCUGAGUCCAUGAGUGAUGGAAGCAGUUCUUUCCUGCCAGGGAAAACAGUUGUGAGCCGAUCGGAUAGCACCAAUUCUGAAGACAACUAUGUGCCCAUGAAUCCAGGUUCCUCCAGCCUGCUGGCUAUGGAACGAGCAGGUGAUAAUUCCCAGAGUGUCUACAUCCCCAUGAGCCCAGGGCCCCAUCACUUUGACUCGCUUGGCUACCCAUCCACAGCCCUUCCUGUGCACCGAGGCCCCAGCCGAGGAAGUGAGAUCCAGCCACCCCCUGUUAACCGCAACCUCAAACCUGACCGGAAAGCAAAGCCAACACCACUUGACCUGAGAAACAACACCGUCAUCGAUGAGCUCCCCUUCAAAUCACCUAUCACCAAGUCUUGGUCUAGGGCCAACCACACCUUCAAUUCCAGCUCCUCCCAGUACUGCCGCCCCAUCUCCACGCAGAGCAUCACGAGCACGGACUCAGGAGACAGCGAAGAAAACUACGUCGCCAUGCAAAACCCGGUGUCUGCAUCUCCCAUUCCCAGUGGCACCAACAGUCCAGCACCUAAGAAGAGCACUGGCAGCGUCGAUUAUCUGGCCCUGGACUUCCAGCCAAGCUCCCCAAGUCCCCACCGCAAGCCAUCCACAUCAUCUGUCACUUCCGACGAGAAGGUAGACUAUGUUCAGGUGGACAAGGAGAAGACCCAGGCCCUGCAGAACACCAUGCAGGAGUGGACAGACGUGCGGCAGUCCUCGGAGCCUUCCAAGGGCACCAAGCUGUGACAAGAGGGCCUCCAGGCCCAGGGAGGGGCCAGGUCUCCAGAGCUGGCUCCUCCCCAUCCCUCCUCUUCCUUGCCCCCCUCCCACCUCCUCUCCCCUCUGCCACUAUUGGCCUUCAAAGCACUUGACAUCAGGGACCCUGAACCCUUCCCCUGAUCGAGGCACUUCCUCUGCCCACUCGGGGCCCACCUGCGAUUUUUAUCAGUAAUGGCCAUUCCUCAAUCACCCUAGUUAGGAGCUAUUGCCAAAAAGCAUCCUUCAGCCUCUUCCUGUCCUGUAGACCUGACUGUCUACCAGAUGGUUGGAGGGAGGGUUUGGGGCUCUGAGCCAGACUCCACACCUCACAUUUGGUCCCAGCCCUCAGCCCUCUUCCCUCUGGCCACUGGGCUACCUCUCCUCAGUCCCAGAAUAAGACAAGUCGUCUUGCUGACCCAGAGAGCCAAGGACCAGCAGACCAAAGUGGACAUGGACUUUUUCAUCCCUGUUUUUCUUGGCAGUCAAGAAGCAAUGCCACCAAAAGAUGAAACAGUCGAGAAGGAAGAUCAGAGGUGGUCUUGAGGGGCAAAGGAAACGGAUUCCCAGUGUAGAAGUGCAGUUGACACCUGCAAGGGUCCCCUACUUUCAGGCCAAGGCCAUGGCAGGGCAGCUGCUGUGGAGUAGGAGAGGCAGAAGGACGAGGACAAGAAGGGAAAGCUGAUGAUGAUGGGCACUCAGAACAAGAAGGAGCAAUGCUUGGAGCUCAGGAGAUUAGGGUGACAAGGACACUGUGGGGUCAGGGUCCCAGAACUCUGGAGCUACAGGCUCACUCUGCCACUCUCUGAUGAUGUCACUCUGGGACAGAGGAUAGUCCUCUUCCCCAACACCCUCAGAGGGGCCCACACCAUGCUGGAGAAGCUUGGACGUGCCGUGGGAGUGCCAGCACAGGGGUUGGGGAUGGGAGGGAGGGAGCAUGGUGUGGGUGGAGGUGAUACAGGGACUGACGGAGACCCUGGGACAGUAACAGGCUGGGCAGAGGCCACAGUGGGGAUGGUGCAGCAAGUGAGUUUCUGUGAGGUGGGCAUGUAGCAGUGGAGGGCACAGAGGUAACCUAGUGCAGGGGACACAGGAUGGAGCAGAACAUGAAGGGUGGGAAUAGCCAUGUGCAUGGCAUGUGACAGGAGGCCAUCCCCAGGAUGAAAGGAGGGCAGGUAACGCAGGAUCAGGGAGAAAGUGGAGCAGAGCCAAGCCUUGAGGAUGACAUAGGGGUGUGGCUGGCAGCUUGUUUCAGGGCCCAGGGCAGGAAGAAGACUGGUCCAGGGUCUUUUCUCAGCUUAUCUCACCCUCUGCUGCUCUCUAGCAUUCCAGGUGCCAUACUGGACUCAAACUUGGCUGCAGGGACAGGAGAAGCCAAUCCUCUCUUCCCAUGCCUUGAAAGGUCCUCAGAUCAGCAGGGUAGGAGGUAGGGCAUUGCCCAAGGCUCUUUCUCCUAAGCCUAGGGAGGGGGUAUCUGAAUUGUUUAUGUUGAAGGUUCUUGACCAAAUUUUCAAGAGUCUCAGAGGUCCCAGGGCAGAUCAAAUAUUUCAUCCUACCCUGGAGUGAAAAGACCUUCUUCCACCAAAAAAAAAAAAAAUGACUUCCCACCAUGUUUGAUGGGGGGUGGCUACAACUCCCUUUCAGCUCCUGUGAGCAUGCACACCUCACCAGACCAACGGCCUGGCCAUUCCCUACAAACUCCCAUCCUGGCAGGAGUUGUUUCCUCAACAGAAGCUCCUCUCCUCCUAGCAUCAGUUCAAAUCAACUCAAGGAGCGUCUAUUAAUGGCUGCUGUGGCCAAGCCCUGGACUUAAGCACUGAGAACACAGGAAUUAAUCAGAACUUGUCCAUGAACUAGAGAAGGUCACAAGGGAGGAUAAAAUACUGAUGGGGUGCAGAGGAAGUAAAGACAACUUCUCAGGGAGGCUGGCGCCAUAGGCAGGAGUGGGCAGGAGGUGAAGAUCAGGGAAGGUGUUUCCUAGGAAGAGAUGCCUGAGGUAGGCCUCAGAGGAGGACAGGUCAGAUUACGGGGAAGGAGGGCAGGAUGUGGGUCCAGUGGAAGGAGGAGGGAGAGAUUUAGAAAGCCUCGUGCUUUGGAACAAAAGACUUUUGGGGGUGUCCAGCCACUCAGAAGUGCGGGGGCCGUACCUCAGUGUUCCCACGUGUAGUAGUAGUGGUGGCUGUGGCUGCACCCGGCAGGGUUUGCAGGGUGCUGGUUCACUAUGCCCAGCCCUGUUUCUCUUUAAAGCCUUCUACAAGGGGUCCCUAUGGCAGGCAAAUGGACCUUUAACCACUGCCAACCGUCUGCCCCCAGCAGACUACAAGUGGGCCCAGGUGUUGAUGCUCUCCAUUUCCAGCAGCCUCCCCUGUUGACCCCAGGGUGCCAUAAACCUGUUAGCAUGUUCUCAAUGUCCCAGGAUGUGAAAGAAACUGGAUGGAGUCUUCAGAGACUGAGGUGUUCACUUCUAAUCCCAAGGAGACUUCCUUACAACUCUUGUUUCCCGUGACAACCACAACCCUCAGGUGGAAGUGGGGGUAAAGAGGGAAGGAAGGACAAGAGAAAAGGAUAUCGGCCCGUUGAAAGUAGAGCUCUCUGGUUCACAAACCCCAAACUACCAGCUGUGUCUAGCAUGUACCCACCUCUCCCUACAAAGGGUAAAGUCAACUCAAUUUUAAAAACUGGUCCACUGGCCUAUCCGUGGGACAGAGCCCACCUCUCCUAUUGGCCUGGCAAGGACAGAGAGCCCAAAAUGGGGAUGCUUUUCAGCCAGCUUAACUCACACAGGACUUGUCCUGCCUGGGGCUCUCCAAAGGACCCUUCUUCACCCACAUCCAGCUCCACCUCUGCAAAGUUAAAGAAAAGCCAAGUGGGAACAACGAGAAAAGUAGAAGAUGGUGUCUCCAUAGGACCUUGGUUUGCCUGUCUGUGAAACGAAUGGUUGGAUGAGAUGGUCUCUGAGGUCCCUUCCAUGGCUGGGGCUCAUCUGCUUUAAGGGGGAACUCCCUGCCUUGUAAGUUCUCUCAAAGGCCUGGAUUGGCAUGGAGGAAAAGCACCCAGAGCAUAAGCCAAUUAACCCAGUCCUCUCCCCAGCUUGAUUUUGGAGAAUUGUACAUUUGAAAACAUUAAAAUAUGCCCCAUUCCUAGGACAGAAGCACAACGAUUCUGAAGUUAUUGGCACAUGGGCUCAACGCUCAUCUGUCCUUUGGCCCCUUUACCUGGGGCUAGUCUCAGCCUGAUCAACCCUACCCACACCCCUUUGCUAGAGCUCUGCAAGGGUGUAGGACCAGAGAGAAAUUAGCACUUCUUCCGUCCAGGCCUUCAUCUGUAAAAUGUGGGGAAGAGGCUAACUUCCUGGGCUCUAAAGCCCCUCUGAAGGGGGCCAUUUUUCUGGGGCUCACCAAGGUCUUUGUGGCCUGCCCACUGGAGAUUCAGGCUGUCCUGUGAUAGCUGGUGGUGUGUGUUCUUGUAUUCGUUGGCUACUUGUGUCUUGAAAUUUAGAAUUGUUUCUCACAGAGUUGUUGCUAUUUGUCAGGAAGAGAAAAUGGGCUAGAAGAAGCCCAAUCUUAAGUCAUUGUCUUGUUACCAUUUAAAAUUGACAUUUAAUUUUUCAAAUCAUUGUUGGUGCCUAAUCACUUAAGUUAUUAAUUUAUUUUGUUUUCUUUAAAAAAAAAAAAUUUGUAACAUAUUUAUCCUGUGAGUAGGUCUGGGAGUGGGUGGGGGGAAACAUGUUCAAGUGGGUCAUGUUUUUGCUGUGGUGACACAUGGUACAGGCCUGGAGCUUGCAGGUCCCUUUUUACUAUGGUGUUGCAGCAGGACGACAAUAAAGUCCAUUAGAAAUGCAA